CAGAUCUGGGGCAAGAAGACAGCGGGUCAUGCAUUGAAUCAGAGACUGGUGGAGAAAAUGGUGCAGUUUCUGUCUUUGCUAAUAUAGAGCAGUGGAACUUGGGUUUGUUAACAAAAUAGAUUAUUUUUAAACAAUUUCAACUAUUUUUGACAAACAUGGGGUGCUCCUCAUCCAGUGCACAGACUGUUGAUCAGGAGAAAAGACCAGGUACAAAGCCAGAGGAGGCCAAUGGAGAUACAGUGGCAGUCAGAAAUGGCUUCAUUGCAGAAGAUGCACAAACCAUCGAGGACCAGAUACAGUUGCCUGUGCAGACUGCCUUACCGGACAAUUUUCAACCAGGAGCCGAUGAUGAAGCUGAUGUGGUGUUGGUAGCCCUGGAGGCCCAGGAGGAUCUUGGGUCUGGGGAGGACCUCCUGUCUACUCCUGAGCCACAGCUAGAAUCUGUCAGCCCUUCAGAGCCAGUUCCAGAAACUGCUGCUCCAACUGAAGCCUACACUGAACCUGAGGCUGCUGUAGAGGUAUUGGAGGCACUACCCCAUUUAGAGAAAGCCGUCCCUGUAGAAACGUUACUGUCUGAGGCCACUCCUGUGGUCGAAGCCCUGGUUGAGGAGGCCACUGCUGAUCUAGCUGUGCAGGCAGAGGCCCCUGCUGAUGUAGCUGUGCAGGCAGAGGACGCUGCUGAUGUAGCUGUGCAGGCAGAGGACCCUGCUGUUGUAGCUGUGCAGACAGAGGCCCCUGUUGUUGUAGAAGAGGCAGCAGCUCUAGCUGUUGAGGCCCCUGCUGUAGUGGCUGCUCAUGUGGAGGGAGAGGCUCCAACUGACAAUUCUGCAUCCGCUGCUACCUCAACAGAAAAAUGUGUAUACCCAGAACCAUUUGAAUCUGCUGCCCCAGCACCAACUGAAGCCCCAGCACCAGCUGCAGCUGCAGCUACAGUCCCAGCACCAGCCCCAGCACCAAAUGAAGCCCCAGAACCAGCUGCACCAACAACUGAAGCCCCAGAACCAGCUGCAGCACCAUCUGAAGCCCCAGCUCCAGCUGUAGCUGCAAUCCCAGCACCAGCACCAAAUGAAGCCCCAGAACCAGCUGCAGCAACAAAUGAAGCCCCAGAACCAGCUGCAGCACCAUCUGAAGCCCCAGCUCCAGCUGUAGCUGCAAUCCCAGCGCCAGCACCAACUGAAGCCCCAGAACCAGCUGCACCAACAACUGAAGCCCCAGAACCAGCUGCAGCACCAUCUGAAGCCCCAGCUCCAGCUGUAGCUGCAAUCCCAGCACCAGCACCAACUGAAGCCCCAGAACCAGCUGCACCAACAACUGAAGCCCCAGAACCAGCUGCAGCACCAUCUGAAGCCCCAGCUCCAGCUGUAGCUGCAAUCCCAGCACCAGCACCAACUGAAGCCCCAGAACCAGCUGCACCAACAACUGAAGCCCCAGAACCAGCUGCAGCACCAUCUGAAGCCCCAGCUCCAGCUGUAGCUGCAAUCCCAGCACCAGCACCAACUGAAGCCCCAGAACCAGCUGCAGCACCAUCUGAAGCCCCAGCUCCAGCUGUAGCUGCAAUCCCAGCACCAGCCCCAGCAUACACUGAAGCCGCAGCACCUGAAGCAACAGCCGCAGCACCAACUGAAGCCGCAACACCAACCGAAGCAACAGCCACAGCACCAACUGAAGCUGCAGCACCAACUGAAGUCGCAGCACCAACUGAAGUCGCAGCACCAACUGAAGUCGCAGCACCAACUGAAGUCGCAGCACCAACUGAAGUUGCAGCACCAACUGAAGUUGCAGCACCAACUGAACCAACAGCCACAGCCCCAACCGAAGCAACAGCCACAGCACUAACUGAAGCUAAAGCCCCAUCACCAGCAGUAGUAGCAGACGAGGCUUCAGAACCAAGUGAAGUAUCAGCAUCGGACGAGGCAGUACACACUCUUAUAGAUAUAAAGAUUGCUGCAGCAACUAUUCCACUGUUGCCUCCAUUAUCACCAGUCACUGCAGCUGCUCAAACAAAGGCAGAUCCCUCACCUAAAGUGACUUCUGCAACUGAAGCCUCUCAGGAUAUAGAGAGCGUGAAAGCCAAAAAGGAGGAUUGAGUUGAGAUAAGAGAUGCACCAAAAAACAUAAACCCAAAGCAACAUUGGAAGAAAACUGGAAGGAGAACAAGACAAAGCAGUAAAUGAUACAUUUUCAGUAUUGUCAUCAGCCAAACUGUACAUCAGAUGCUAUGGUGUAUGGUGCCCUAAUAACAUGUCAUUAGGAAAUAUCAGGAUAUUUCCUUAAUGUGUAUAUAUAAACUUUUUGAAAGGUAUUUUACUGACACCUUAUGUGCCCUUAAGCCACAUACUUAAUAUGCAGGUCAAACAAGCCAUUACAGGACAGGCGAGAUGAGACUAGAGGGUGCAAUAUUCUGUGAAAUCUGUGAACUCUUGUGUGAUGAAUUUGGGAAGGAAUCUUUCUAUGUAAAUCCUUGACUAUUUAAAAUAGCUGCUUCUGAGGAAUACAAGCCAAACACAACUGUAAAUUAGAUUAUGCAAAGAGUUUGAAGUGACAGAAACACCAAACAAAAGCUUAAUUGUCGCACCAAAAUAAAACUGAUUUUCAUAGAUUUUAUUAUUAAUCGAGAUUUUUACAUUACUGUAAACCUAUCAUUUUUUCCUUAAACUUCCUUUCUAACAUCCCCUUAAAGAAAACAUUUAUCGUGUUUUUCUUGGAAAAGAAAGUGCACAUUAUUAGAUGCACAAAAUAUUAGUAAGGAUAUAAUGAAUCACUGCCAGGUUGAGGAUGCGGAGGGCCUCAGUGCUGAGAUAUCACCUUGCUGUUCCAUGAAGCCAUUUAGUGCAGCUGCACCCCCCUAAAAAUAAAGGCAUUUCAAACUAUAAAUUCAAAGGCCUCAUAAGGCCCGUCACGAUGAUGUCAAAUGCGCAUUGCGCAUUAAUUACAUAUUUGGCAAAGUAAGAGUUCUUUCGAAGCUGCUUGCAAUACUUAUGUAAAUGCCAUAUUGAGAUAACAAGUUAAUUAUUGACGUUUUAAGAAAACAAAGCUUGUUUUAUUGAUAUAACACCUGAAAACAAAAGACGAUCUGCCUAUGUUAGACCUUGAUGUAAACAUAAUGUACUAUUCUCCUUGACUGGACAUGUUCAGUUAAAUCAGUUGCUAUGGUUGUCAAGACGCCAUCUAUGGCCCUCCUGAUCUUGAUUAUCUCAAGUUCUUACACGGCUUAGUUGAAUACUCGAUUCUGAUCAGUUAAGAAAUUCCAGAGGUUAUUAAUACUCAUUAACCCGUUGCUAAGCAUAACAUCACUGUUGCUAAGGAGGAUCAAGGGAAAGAAGCAAAGAGGUUAAGGCCCAAUCCCAAACCGCCCCCUACACCCUACC